AUGUGGGAGCGCACUGUUCAACUUCUGCGACGACUCUUUGCUGCCACUCUUCCUAAAUCAUUGCUGACAUGGCAACCAGAUAAACACACGGGACUUCACGAAGUGCACGGAACAUCAGGAGAAGACAUUGAUGACAGAGCGCCCAGUAUCGAUGGCAGACCGAAUGGCUCCAUACAUCCCGACGCCGCAUUCUCGGAACAAAUAGUCUUUUGUGUUGUUCAGUCAGAACUAGUAGACGCUGUGACUUCCACUGUGUUGGGAACUAAAAAAAGCACAGAGGAAGUUUUACUGAGUGUUCCGUCGGUAAAAAAUGAUCAUUUGAAUCGAUCGACCUACGAUGAUACUAUAAAUAACGGGUUGUUCAGCACAAUGGAUCCGAUAUUGUUGUUAAGUCUCUGCGAUGCGUUAGGUGAAAGUCAACGGUUAGCGAAGCAAUUCAACGACAACAACGGCCAACGAACGCUGUUGUGGAAAGCAGGUUUACGUGGCUCGAGUAAGCCCAACCUCAUCAGGCAGGAGACCCACGCUCUGAGGGCAAUGCUCGCUAUUCUACUAAGGCUUCUCAAUGAUCCUCGAUCUUCCCCAGUGCAGGAACAGGUUGCUAAGGGAGUUCUCUCCGUUGUGUCGGCGGUGUUACGUGGAUAUGGAGAGGCGGUGUCUGAUGCUCGUCGCACAGCGUACGCACCGGUCGUUUGCGAAUUGCUACGGGAAUGCCUUCGUCUGCCUAAACAUUUGCUUCCGGCUCUAGGCGCUGAGUUUCCACUCCAUCUAUGCGAACUAGUAGAAACUGCCGAAGGGCAGCCGUUGCGGUCUCUCCUGGCCACGUUGCUCCGUCAGUUUUUGAUGACUAAGAACUCAACGAGUUUAGAGGGUGAACCAAAAGCGAUUAAUGUCUCCCUGCUUCAGGCCAUCCUUGGAUUUCACAUAGUCGUCUCUUUGGUGGCUCUCACUGUAAUGAGUAAAUUAGGAUCGAGGCUGUCAAUUGUGCAGCUUUAUAUUGUCAAAGGAUUGUUUCGUUUCAUUGCACCUUCGAACGAUGAGUUACGCGCACUCAUGCCACAGUGCAAGGAAAAUCCAAGGACUCGUAGGAAAAAGAGGUGA